GCACUUUGCUUUUCCGGCUCCUGACUGCGCUUUAACCACUGUUCAUAGCGAUGCCUGACCUAGAAGUGUGAGAAAACAAAGACAGGAGGCUGUUGCCUGUGUCACAGACCAGCACCGACACCAGUGAGAAGAAAGUCAAAGCUGCGAUGUUUUCAGGAGUCUCCAGAUUUGACCGAGUGAGGGAGAUGCCACUCUAUGACCAGGUCCCAGCGGAUUCCCUGUAUGGGGACCUUGCAAUACCUCCACCUCCACAACUCCUGCAUGGGACAGUGCCAGCUGUCAGCUUAGACUCCCUGCCCCCUCCCCCUCUACCUGAACAGCCACCUGUUGGACCUGAAGCUUUCUAUCCCCCCAGCAAUGACGACCCAAUGGACGAAGACCGUGACGCUAUGGACAUUAAGCCAGUUCGCCGCUUCAUCCCUGACUCUGUCAAGAACUUUUUCCGUGGCAACAGCAGUAACCGUGGUAGCAAGGGUGGGUCUGGCCCUGAUUCCCCUGCUCCUUCAUCCAAAAAAAGUGCUAAGUGCCACACCACAUCAGGAGUCCCCUGCUCACCGCCUCACUCUGCCCCUCCAUCUCCCUCCGUUCCAGGCUCCUAUCGAGACCGCUAUGGUGGCUCUGGAGGCAGCUACACAUCUCAAAAGGAGCGAGAUGGACUGCUGCUCGGUGCCGAAGCAUUUGACUCUGCAUCUGCAGUGCCCACCAAUGUCUCAGUUCAGACGUACCAGGAGCGGGUGGAAGAAUAUCAUGCGCGCUACUCCUACAUGAAGUCAUGGGCUGGCUUGCUAAGGAUCCUGGGCGGUGUGCAGCUGCUGCUUGGAGCUGCAGUGUUUGCCUGUGUCUGCGCUUACGUUCAUAAGGACAACGAGUGGUUCAAUAUGUAUGGAUACUCUGGGCCGCAGCUGUAUGGAGGGCUUGGUGGAGGCGCUGCUGCAUAUGGGUCUGGGGGUUAUUUAUACACAGGACCCAAGACGCCUUUUGUUCUGGUUGUGGCUGGCCUUGCAUGGAUAGUGACAGUUAUUCUGGUUGUUCUUGGCAUGACCCUGUACUACAGAGCCAUCCUUCUGGAUUCCUCAUGGUGGCCUCUAACAGAGUGUUCCAUAAAUCUGGUGCUGGGUGUGCUCUAUUUAGCCGCAGGGUUGGUGUAUGUGAAUGACACAACUCGAGGGGGGCUGUGCUACUCGCCAGUCUUCAAUAAUGGAGUGAACGGUGCAUUCUGUCGCACCGAGUCCGGCCAGACAGCAGCCAUUGUCUUCAUCUUCAUCACCAUGGUGCUCUACUUUAUUAGUGCAGCGGUGUGUGUGAAGCUGUGGAGACAUGAAGCAGCCAGGAUGAGGAAAGAGGGGCUGGCACAGGAGAUAAGAACCAUUGGCUCAUCUGUCCCACUCUCUAUACUUGGUCCAUCCUCCAUGGUGUCGGAGCAGACCCCUCUCCCCACCAUUCAGCCAGACAUCAUGGAUGCUCCCAACCACUUAAAAGCUGCUCCUCUCAUGGCACCAGAGCCAGAGAUCCUCCGUGGUCACAUACCAGCCGGACACAUCCCCAAACCUGUUGUUAUAGCCGACUAUGUGGCGAAGUAUCCCAGCAUUUACACAGAUGAGGAGAGGGACCAGUACAAGGCUGUGUUCAAUGACCAGUAUGCUGAGUACAAAGAACUGCAUGCUGAGGUCCAGGCCAUGGCCAAGAAGUUCGAAGAGAUGGAUGAAAUGAUGGCGAACCUUCCAUCCCGGCCCUCCAGCCAAAUGGAGAAGGAGCGGAUAAAUGGUAUUUUAAUGGAGUAUCAGAGGAAGAAAGCUGACCCAACAUAUUUGGAAAAAAGAGAGAGGUGUGAGUAUCUAAAGAACAAGCUCUCUCACAUCAAACAGAAGAUUCAAGAGUACAACAAGUCCGUGGGCUACAGCGAUGCCAACUACUCCAUGAACAACAAGCUGUCUUCUGGACAGGUUAGUCCUGUUUCAAGGAGGAGGCGACCACGUGACGAGCACACGCCUAUAUGCCCGUCUCAUUGCUACCUGAGUGCGCGCUGUGGAUGGAGGCGGUCGCGAGCACAGUGUUUGCGUUCGUAUUUCAGUGAGUGUGUAUUGUGUUCAUCAGCAGGACGCCGAUCAUCACACAGUGAGUGGAAGUUGACCUUAAGUAUGCCGAGCAACAAACACAGCAACCACAGUGGCAAAAAACGCCACAGGCACAGUGAAGUCAUGUCCAACCCAGCAUUUUCCUAUUAUUCUGGAAAUAAGGUGCUUCACUUCUAUCGCUGGAAUUCACCACCUGGUGUGAUGAAGAUAAUGUGCAUCAUCAUUAUCAUCAUGUGUGUGGCUGUGUUUGCCUGUGUGGCCUCCACACUGGCCUGGGAUUACGAAAUGAGUCUCAUGGGGGGCGGAACUGGUCUCAUGCCAGGCUCAUAUGGCAGUGGAUAUGGAACCGGUUAUGGGGGCGCGUAUGGUGGCUCAUAUGGUGGCGCAUAUGGUGGUUCCUAUUCCGGCUAUGGAGGAACACAAAUGGAUCCCAGAUCUGGCAAAGGCUUUAUCAUUGCCAUUUCUGCAAUUACCUUCAUAGCUGUGCUUAUUAUAUUCAUCAUGGUUGUGUCAAGGCAAGGUACUGCCCGUUCAUCAAAGUUCUACCUGGCAUCAAUCAUUAUCUGCGCCAUCUUGGCAUUCCUGAUGAUUAUUGCCACUAUUGUGUACCUGGUGGCGAUAAAUCCAACAGCACAGUCCACGGGGUCUAUGUACUACAACCAGGUAGUACAGAUGUGUGCCCAGUUCCAGAACCAGGUCCAGCCCCAGGGCCUCUUCUUAAACCAAUACCUUUACCAUUACUGCGUGGUGGAGCCCCAAGAGGCCAUCGCUGUGGUUAUGGGCUUUUUGGUGUUUGUUGCCCUCAUCAUCCUGCUCGUGUUUGCGGUCAAGACUCGCCAACAGAUCAGGCGCUGGGGCCCAGAACGCAUUCUCUGGGAGGAAGUCAAGGUUGUCAAUGUUGGUCACCACAACAGCGUCGGGGAGUGGGUGACCAACGUGUCUGGUGAUCCAGAGGUGUUUGUUAAUGACCAUAACGAUAAAGUUGGGGCCUCUAGAGACUAUUUAGACCAGCUGGACUACAACAAGCCUCUAUACCUACCAGGAGACUCUGACAUCAGCAGCUAUGUGGGAGGCCUGCAGCCCAGGCUGAGGGACUACGACACUGGUGUGGAAUCUGGGGAUGACCUAGAGGAAGAAGAUUUCAGUGUUUUGUUUCCCCCCAUUUUGGAUGAGCAAGAGCGUCUGGCCUACAAACAGGAGUUUGAUAGGGAUCACCAAGAAUACAAGAACCUACAGGCUGAGCUGGACGGCAUAAACCAGGACCUGGCCGACCUGGACCGAGAACUGGACCGACAUUCUGAUGGCAGUCCAGAGUUCAUGGAUGCCUUGAGUGACUAUAACAGGCUGAAGGACUUCAAGAAGUCAUCAGAGUACCAGAUUAAGAAGAAGAGGUGUAAAUAUCUGAGAUCCAAGCUGUCGCACAUCAAGAGAAAGAUCAGUGAAUAUGACCGUCGACCCUGAACCUUCAACCCAAGACCCUGUCUAUGAACUGAACUGUCCAGUUUAUGAUGAACUCCUGUAUGAUUAUUAUAGUGAUGCUCUUGCCUAUGAAAUGCAUUUUUAUAAGCCAAUCAAGUAAGAGUUUUUCUACAACAAAAGGAUAAAUAAAAUGUGGAUUUUUUUUCUUUCUUUUUUACCUCUCAGUUCCACAAGUAAAAUUUUGAAAAACAAGUAAGGUUUAUAGACUUUAUUGUUUUUCUCUUGUGAUCCGAAAUGUUUUGCAUAAUUGUGGGCACAGUUAAGAUGAGACUUAUAAAUUUGUUCGGUAUCGGAGUAGCUGUGCAUGUGCUCUUGUAAAUGUUUAUUUUUAUUCUUUCGAUUGUUCUGAAGUAAACUUUUCUAUACUUUA